GGUUUCCUGUUGCUUGCUUCUAAACCCUCCAGAUUCCUCCAGACCUUCAGACUGCCCGAAGCUCUCUGCUGACUGAACUGCCUGCUGCCCAGUCACUGAGGGUUGCUAGCACCAUGAGGGCUUGGAUUUUCUUUGUCCUUUGCCUGGCAGGCAGGGCACUAGCAGCACCUCAGCAGCAGGAAGCGCUUCCUGAUGAGGUCGAAGUGGUGGAGGAGCCAGUCGCCGAGGUAACCGAGGGGCCUGUGGGUGCCAACCCUGUCCAGGUUGAGGUUGGAGAGUUUGAUGAACCUGCAGAGGAGACUGAGGAGGUUGUAGCCGAAAAUCCUUGCCAAAACCACCACUGCAAACAUGGCAAGAUCUGUGAGCUGGAUGAGAACAACUCUCCCAUGUGCGUGUGCCAGGACCCUACCAGCUGCCCUGCCCCUGUAGGAGAGUUUGAGAAGGUUUGUAGCAACGACAACAAGACGUUCGACUCCUCCUGCCACUUUUUUGCCACCAAAUGCACCCUGGAGGGAACCAAGAAGGGGCACAAACUCCACCUGGACUACAUCGGGCCCUGCAAAUACAUUGCCCCAUGCCUGGACUCUGAGCUGAGCGAGUUUCCCCUGCGCAUGCGUGACUGGCUGAAGAACGUGUUGGUCACCCUUUAUGAGCGUGACGAGGACAACAACCUGCUGACUGAGAAGCAGAAACUCAAAGUCAAGAAGAUCCAUGAGAACGAGAAGCGCCUGGAAGCUGGUGACCACCCAGUGGAGCUGCUGGCCCGGGACUUUGAGAAGAACUACCAAAUGUACAUCUUCCCCGUGCACUGGCAGUUCGGCCAGCUGGACCAGCACCCCAUUGAUGGGUACCUCUCCCACACUGAACUGGCCCCACUUCGGGCCCCGCUCAUUCCCAUGGAGCAUUGCACCACUCGCUUCUUUGAAACCUGUGACCUGGACAAUGACAAGUACAUUGCCCUGGAUGAAUGGGCCGGCUGUUUUGGCAUCAAGGAUCAGGAUAUCGACAAGGACCUGGUGAUCUAAGCCAGAAGCCUCUUUCCUGGUGGCCCAAGUUUUCUUUCCUUACCUCCCGACUUCCUAUUUUCUUUUAUAAUUAAUGUGUGUGGUUGGUUUGUUCUUUCUCCCUGGGGAUGAGGUGCUAAUAUAGGUCUAAGAUGUGUGUAUUAACGGUGCUAAAAACCAAACGGAAAAUGAAGCCGUGACUUUCUGGCUGUCUAACCUACCCUAUCUGAGGGCCGCUCACUCACUCAAUUACUUCUGCUAGUCUUCUUCUUCUUCUUCUUUCUUCUGCAGCAAUGCUUACUGAUUCCAUGGUGUACGGGGAGCAAUUCCAAUCCACUUUGAUCCACCCUACGUGGCGGCCCUCCUUUUUGGUUCAGAUCCACACUCUAAUUUUUAAAACCGAAUAACUCACAGUCAGGUUCUGCAGUUCUUUUAACUCCAGGGCAUCAGCCCCUGGCCCAUGGGCGAGGGAGAGGAAGGGGAUGAGCAGAGGAUGUUGGAAAUGAUGGUGAAUUUAAGAAAGUAGUGGAAUGGUCCUGGGUGGAGAUUUCCUGGGGUCUUCCCCAGAGAAGGAGAAACCAGUGUAAAGGAAAGCAAAAAAAAAAAAUCCAGAAGUACUUCAAUUGAACAAUAAUUUGUCAAAACAAAAGCAGAGAAAAAGAAAGACAAAGAAAAGCAGAGACUGUAAAUUCAGAAACCAUCACACACACCCAGGCCCUCCCUCCCCUCACCCCACAAAACAUAAACUGAAGAAAAUGCUCUCCACUGUUAUUUCUGUCCCAUUGCUCUAACAUUGGGCUGUUUCUUCUGCAUUCUGCUUAGUAGGACCCCCUACCUCCCUCAAGGCACACUACCCCCUUGCUCUAGAAGCUUGUUUCUACUCUUGUAUCUCUUAUCUUUAAAUUCUUGCCCCCCUCAGGGAAGCCCCAAAUUUGUAUGCUGUUUCGGACAAAGGACCAAAAAAACACCCUAUGCCCAGUGGAGCUCGCUGUUCCACUGCUGUGGCUGAUCCCUGGAGGGGCUUUCCUAGCUUCUGUCUGUUCUGUGUGUGUGUGUGUGUGUGUGUGUGUGUGUGUGUGUGUGUGUGUGCGCCUGUGUGUGUGUGUGUGUGUGCCUGUGUGUGUGAGGGUGUGUGAGGGGUUUUUGUUUGUUUGUUUUUAAUGAAGAUAAGAUCUUCACUGUGAAAGGGAUGUCAACUCUCUCAGGAGAUUGAGGACCCUUUCACCUCCAGUGUUCCAUGUGCUGCUGCUUCUCAUUAAUCCUCUACAGUCUUGCCACGUGGUGUGAGCAAUCUGACAAGUUUCAGAAUAAAAAGUAAUUACUUGGAAACCUGCAGACUCA